CCAAUAGCUACCUUUGUUACUGAGGCGUUGGCAACAUUGAAUUAAUUCCAUAAUACCGAAGAAGAACUGACUAACUGGUGGCUUCUCAUGGAGAUCAAUUUUAGUCAGACUGCACACAAGACGGCUUGUUUUGAUAAAAAGAUGAGCCAUCCUUCCCCAGAACCGCCCCUUCGCUGCUGCUUCUGCUUCUGCUUAGUCUUGGUCAGGUGCCUGUGGUACAGCGACGUCAACUUUCCUUUUGGGAAACUGAUUUAACUUUGUGUCCGGACAAACGCAAACCAAGACCAUGCUCAGACGGAUAUUACAAAUGACUCCUGGGAAAGCAGGCUCCCAGAAUGCAGAGUCGGAGCAACCCAGCACAGAUGUUAACCAUGACCAAACCUCUGAGGGCUUCAUCUGUCCUCAGUGCAUGAAGUCCCAUAGCUCUGCAGAGGAGUUGUUCAAACACUAUGAGCUAUUCCACGACACCGGAGACCUCCCAGCUCAUGUGGCCCCUACAAGGGAGGACCUUACAAUGUUACGACAGGAAGUGCAAGACCUUCAUACCUCGCUUAAGGAAGAAAGAUGGUUCUCUGGUGAGCUAAAAAAAGAGUUAGACAAAGUCCAAGGACACCUGAAGCAAAAUGAUGGACAGAUGAGCUCAGAUGAUUCAGUAUUAGAAAUGAAAUUGAAUGAAUCAGAGACAGAAAAGUUCAACAUUAAGCAGAUGAAAGAUCUUUUUGAGCAGAAGGCCGCCCAGCUGGCGACGGAGAUAGUAGACAUAAAGUCCCGCUAUGAUGAAGAGAAAAGUUUAAGAGAAGCUGCUGAGCAGAAGCUUUCGAAACUAACCGAACAUCUGCAGCGAGAGAAGGAGGAAACGGAGAGACUCCACACUGAACUGCUGCAGCGGCCAGGAGUGGAGGACGUUGAGGUAUUGCAGAAGGAGCUUGUGCAGGUUCAGACACUGAUGGACAGUAUGACCCGUGAGAGGGAAGAGGAGUCGGAGCGGCUCAGAAACCACUAUGAGAAACUCCAGGCUAAUUUCACUACCUCAGAGAUUUCUAAGUUGGAGAUGACCAUAUCCCAACUGAAAGCAGAGCUGGAGAAGGGUCCGCAGGAAGCGGCAGUCUAUACACAACAGAUCCACCAGCUCCAGAGUGACCUGAAUAAUGUGCAACAGCAAAGCCAGAGUCUUUCUGAAAAGCUAGCGCAUAAAGAGCACAAAUAUCAGGAACUCGAGGAGAAACUAAGGACUGAAACGGCUGCCAAAAAGGCACAUCAAGAUAGCCUGAGAGAAAAAGAGCAAGUGAUCCUGGAACUGCAAACCCGGGCCACCAGAGCAGAGGAGUCCCUGCAGAAGGCCCACGCGGAGAUUGGAGAGAAAGCCCAAGAGGUGACCAAGUUGAAGGGUGAGAUUACAGAACUGGAGGUGAAGCAUGCAGAACUGAAGGUCGAAAGGAAGCAGUUGGAACAGCAGAGGGAAGAAAAAGACAACCAAGGUGCUCAGCAGCAGACCGAAAUCGGUCAGCUGCAUUCAAAGCUACUGGAGGCAGAGAGGCAAGUGGGUGAACUCCAAGGUCGUCUCAAAGAACAGAGGCAGCUGUCUGGGGAGAAACUAAAGGACCGAGAGCAGCAAGCAGCUGACCUUCAGCUCAAACUCUCCCGUGCUGAAGAACAGAUGAAGGAAAGCGCCACUAAGAACACAGACCUGCAGCACCAGUUGGAGAAAGCCAAGCAGCAGCACCAGGAGCUGCAGGCGUUACAACAAAAUACCAACGGCAAACUGCGCGAGUCUCAGAAUGACCUGGAACAAGUUUUACGCCAGAUUGGCGACAAGGACCAGAAGAUUCAAAACCUGGAGGCUCUGCUACAGAAGAGUAAGGACAUUGUGAGCCAACUGGAAGCCGAAAGAGAAGACUUGUGUGCCAAAAUCCAAGCUGGGGAGGGAGAGACUGCUGUGCUUAACCAACUCAAGGAGAAAACUCACACACUACAAGAACAGGUAUCCCAGUUGACAGACAAGCUGAAGAACCAAUCAGAGAGCAACAAGCAAGCCCAGGAUAACCUCCACAAAGAAGUCCAGGAGCAAAAAACACUCCUGCGAUCUUCCCAGGAUCGGGCCCAAACACUGGAGGCAUCUGUCACGGAGCUGAUGGCUCAGCUUGCGGACAGCAAGGAGAAAGUGACCCAGCUUGACUCUCAGCUGAAGGCAAAAACAGAGAUGUUGCUGUCAAGUGAAGCAGCCAAGGCUGCACAGAAGGCCAAUCUGGAGAACAACCUGGAGUCUGCUCAACAUGUCCUACAGGAUAAGCAGCAGGAGCUGAAUCAAGCUCAGAAAAACAUGGAAGAGCAGAAACAAAGGAUCAAGGAAAGGCAGGAGCAGUGCAUCCAGCUGGAAGCUUCUCUGAAGGAGCACAAAGACAAACUUCUGGCCGCGGAGCAGCACACAGAGAGGCUGGAAGGUGUCAAUAAGAAACAGUUAGCGUCCUGUGAGCAGGAGAAGGCCGCCCUGAAGCUCAGUGUGCUCAAGCUGACCCAAGAAGGGAAGACUCAUCAUGCUGAGAUGGACAAGAAGGCACAGGGCCUGGCUGCAGACUUACAGAAGGCCCAGCAGGAGAAAGAGACUCAAAGGAAGGAACUGGUCUCCUCUCAAGAAAGUCUUAGCAAGACCAGAAAGACCCUGAAGGAAUGUCAGAAUCAGCUGGACACUGAGAGAAAGAACCAUAAGGCAGCCAUGGAGGAAAAGGAGAAAUCAAGUGAGAAAGCAAAACAAGAACUUUUAAGGAAUAACGAAAGCAUCACAAAUGCAUUAAAAGAAUCCAAAGAGCAGCUGGAGCAGAUGAGACAGGGAGAAAAGGACCUGAAAGGACAGUUGGCGUCGCUGGGGAAGCAGCACUCAAACACCCAGGAGGUGCUGAGAGAGAAGGACCAAAGCAUGGAGAAGCUGCAGGGCCAACUCAAAGCAACACGGAGAGGCUUUGAAGAAGAGAUGAAGAAACUCACGGGACAAGUUGCUGAGCUCCAGGAAGUCAACGCUAAGAAAGUGGAGGAAGCGUGCCAGCUCAAGGAGCACAUGUCAAAGGUCACCACGCAGCUGACGUCUGAGAGGAGCCGGACAGAAGAGCUGCAGAAGACCUUGGAGCAAAGUCAAGAAGGCCUCACUAAACUCCAGUCGGACUUAUACGGCAAAGAGUCUGAGGUGUCGGCACUACGUCAGGACCUCAGAGUAACCGAGGACAAGCUCCAUGUGAACCAGGAGGAGCUGAAGGCUAAUCAGACCCAUCAAACGGCUUUGGAGACUCAAAUCCAGGAGCUAACGAAGAGUCAUAGUUCUCUGGAGAAGGAACUUGGCAGUAGAAAUAAAAUACUGGAGCAGCAGGAAAAGGCCUUGAAAGAUCUCCAGAAGCAACAGGGUCAAGUCAAGGAAGACCUGGAGAAAGAGAGAACCAAAAUGGAGGAGCUGCUUAAAGUCAAGAGCAACCUGGAGAAGAAUAAUGCCAGGUUGACAUCAGAGAUGAAAUCAUUAAUGGAGAAGAGUGACAAGGAGCUGCGUGGGAUGCAGGAAGCCAAGCAGCUGUUGAUCCAGCAGAAACUGGAUCUACAGAACCAGGUGGAGGUUGCACAAGGUUCCCUCCAACAGGAACAGAAGGCACACCAGGCCACCAGGGACAGCAGGAGCCAGAGAGAAGAGCAGCUCCUCGCCAAAACCAAGGCGGUCCAGGAUCAACUGGCGUCUGAAAAGCAAAGCAAAGAUGAGCAGGUGAAGCGCGUGGAGGAAGUGGAAGCGAAGCUUGGCGUCCAGGUGACGGCUCUGAAUGAAAAUGUGGCCACGCUGAAGAGAGAGUGGCAAGGCAGCCAGCGACGAGUCUCCGAACUCGACAAGCAGACGGACGAACUCCGGGGAGAGAUCGCCGUGCUGGAGGCCACCGUACAACACAACCAGGAUGAGAGACGCGCUCUUCUGGAACGUUGCGUGACGGGCGAAGGCGAGAUCGAGAAGCUCCAAACCAAGGUGGUGGAAAUGAGGCGGAAGCUCGACGACACCAUGGCGGCCAUGCAGGAGCUUGGGCGAGAAAACCAAUCCCUGCAGAUCAAGCAAUCCCAGAGUCUAACCAGGAAGUGGGCUGAGGAUAACGAGGUGCAGAACUGCAUGGCGUGCGGGAAAGGCUUCACCGUGACAGUCAGGAAGCAUCACUGCAGACAUUGUGGAAACAUUUUCUGCGCCGAGUGUUCGUCCAGGAACGCGUCGAUCCCGUCCUCUAAAAAAGCCGUACGGGUGUGCGAGACGUGUUUCGAGGAGCUCCAGGGUUGACUUCACACGCUUCUUCUGAAGGACGAAUUAAGGCUGCGUUUUCCCUCACAUGAAAUGUGCACACAAGUAGGACAGACCCCCCGUCCCCCCCACCUCGUACGUCUCACUCUCACUCACACGUGACUUCCCCCCCGGAGCGGCGUGGCGUAGCGUGGCGUGGAGCGGCGUUGAGGUUCCAACGCGGGAGAGACAAAAUGGCCUUCAGUGUCAGGUGAUGAUGGCGUGGGAAUUGUAUGUUUCUUUGUGCCUUUGCUCAUCCUGGAAAAAAAAAAUGGCCACAAGGUGGCGAACGAGGACAAACUCCGCCCCCCACCCCUCAAACCCCGCCCUCUCAUGGCUUCGUUUAUACUUCGUUUAUCUGCUGUUCUGUACUUUAUAAAAAAAAAAUGUAAAGUAACUUUAUUUAUAACAACUAAUGAGCACUAAUUGUUGAUUUACAUUAUUAUUAUUAUUAUUAUUAUUCACCAUUUGGACAAAGUAUUUCCUGAAUAUACAUCAUAACUCAUAAAGAAAUGUUAAGAACACAAGUAUUACGUAAUAUUUCAACAAUAAAAAGUAAAGACCA